GCGCGGCCGGCCCUGCCCGGCGGCAGCUGCACCGGCGGCUCCGCUUUGUGCCGGCGGGGCUGGGCGGGGACCGGCCGCUCGGUAUUGAUCCCCGGGGAGAUACCGUGGCCGGGCAGGAAGCGCUUCGGCCGUUCCCGGUGUCGCGGGGGAGAGGGAUGAGUAACUUACCGCAGCCGCGAUUCCUUCCAGCGGUUCCCACAAAAUGGCAGUGAAUGUGUAUUCUACUUCAGUGACCAGCGAUAACUUGAGCCGACAUGACAUGCUGGCGUGGAUCAAUGAGUCUCUGCAGCUGACGCUGACCAAGAUUGAACAGCUGUGCUCAGGUGCUGCAUACUGUCAGUUCAUGGACAUGCUCUUCCCAGGUUCUGUAGCGCUCAAGAAAGUGAAGUUUCAAGCAAAAUUGGAACAUGAGUACAUUCAAAACUUCAAGGUUCUACAAGCAGGUUUUAAACGAAUGGGUGUUGACAAAAUAAUUCCUGUGGACAAACUAGUGAAAGGAAAGUUUCAGGACAACUUUGAAUUUGUUCAGUGGUUCAAAAAAUUUUUUGAUGCAAACUAUGACGGGAAGGAGUAUGAUCCUGUUGCUGCUCGACAAGGCCAAGACACAAUAGCACCAAACCUUGUUACUCCAGUGGUGAACAAAACCAGGAAAUCUCUCGGUACUGGCAGCGCAGCCCCGCAGAGGCCCAUUGUUGCACAGAGGACCCCGGCAGGUCCCAAAGCUGGGCCCGGGAUGGGCAAAAAGGUUGGAGGAGACGAUGAAUCAGCGGGAUUGAUCGAGCAGAUCAACGUAUUGAAACUUACUGUUGAAGAUCUGGAGAAGGAGAGAGACUUCUACUUUGGCAAAUUGAGGAACAUUGAAUUGAUCUGCCAGGAGAAUGAAGGGGAGAAUGAUCCAGUGUUGCAGAGGAUUGUGGAAAUUCUUUAUGCCACAGAUGAAGGCUUUGUGAUACCUGACGAAGGAGCACCGCAGGAGGAACAAGAAGAGUAUUAACAGACCACAUACUGUACCAGCAGAGCAGCAACAUCAGAAUUCUUUGCCCCAGAUCAUGUGCUUAACUGUAAAAUACUCCACUUUAUUCUUAGAGGACUCACUGGUUUCUUUUCAUAAGCAAAAAGUACCUCUUCUUAAAGUGCACUUUGCAGAAGUUUCACUUUUACAGUGGGUUUGAGUUAGGAGCUCUUUCUCACGCUGUAGCAGAGCAGUAUUCACAUCGAGGUGGUAUAUUUAGGGAGCAAGAGGCUGAAUAUUUGGAACUCGUUGCAGAAUGGUUUGCUGGUAAAACACUGGUUUGUGGGAAGACUCUUUUUGUAUCUAAGGCGGUGUGCAGUAGAGAAAUUAAAGACUGACUCACAGAAAGAUUGAGUUAAUGUGAAAUUGCAGAACAGAAAUUAUAAUAAAUGCCUUAAGAGUAUUUAAAAUAUGCUUCCAUAUGCCAAAUUGAAGUAAUGUGAUGGGAGAUUUUAUGUGCUUCAUAUUGGGGUAGACGUUUGUUUAACUCCAUUCACUGCUGUCCGAGAGGCCUUGCGUGGCAGUCUCACUGUGUCAGCAAGUGCUCAAAAGGGGCAAUUAAAACAAAACUCCAUUCCUAUGUAAAGCUGCUUACUAAGUGAUUAGUUCUCGAUGAAAUGGGCCUUAAAGUUGCCUGUCACAAGAUUAGAGGGAGUAUGAACAGCUGAGACACAUAAAUUACCUUGAAGAGUGCUGAAGCCUUUUUCUGUGGCAUUGUGGCUUUGCCAAAACGUACUGUGUUUUCUGUAAGAAAAGCAAAACAAAGCAAAGGGCACACAGUCUUACUGCCUAAAAUGUCCUUCAGAAGUGAUUUUUCUUCCUGGCUCUUGUUUUUUUUUGUUCUGUUUAUUUUCAUUUCUGUUGGAAUCCCUUCUGUUCUCUCGGUUUUCCCUUUCCCAUCCCAAGGAAUGCUGAACACGCCCAAUGGUUGUAACAGGACUUGCACUGUGCAACUGGCUUUGAAUGAAAGCGAAUUGAGCACAUGAGGAUGAUAUUUUUCUGUCUGCUUUCUUUUUUUUUUUUUUGCCCCCUUUGAACCAGGGCAUAUUAGUAAUAACACUUGCCAGUUCAGUAGUCUUCUGGGGUAAAAACUAAAAGAUGCUGGCUAACAGAGCUAAUGUUAUUGCAGAAAAUACAGUACUGAGACUAACUUAAAUAUUAAUAUUUAAAAUAAGUUACUUUCCUUAACUGUCCUUUUUUUUUUUGCUAUCAUGCCCCUCAUUACCGUUGUGUUUGGCAAGAUCCUGCAAGACUUCUGACCCCCCUUCACUACUGAGAUUGAUCAGUCCUGUUGUGCUUGUAUUCAUUUGUUUCUGGUGGUAGCUUGUCCUAAAAUGUGUGUAGGAGAGCAUUUUAUGGUAAUUGUGUAGUGCAUGAAUCUUUGUGAAGUUCAGAGAAAAACCCAAAUUCAGUGAAUGCCAAAAAUGCAAGUAUCUAGCCAUUGUUUAAAAUUGCAGUGGUGCUAUUUCUCUUGUGGCCUUUUAGACUUUUGUUGCCCUAAAACUCCAUUUUACUGAGAAACCAUAUUUGACUUGGAUUUUUCUUGACAGGGUUUUUCUAUUUUAAGCAGUUUCUAAAUAAAGUUCUGUAUUUCAAGAGUGUCAUGUCUGCUGGAGUCUCUCAUGCUUUCAGAUACGAUUAGGCAGAGCUGAAGCCCAUGGUAGUUUCAUGGUGAAGCUUGCAGGACCUGGAAUUUCAGCUUCCAUUCCCCAGCCCCAGGCAUUGCUAACCUCAGUAGCAGUAGUCUUGGAACUUUGUUUGGAGUGUGCUGGCAUAAGUGGUUGUUUUAUUUUUUGGGUUUUCUUUUUCUUUCUGUAUUUUCCCUCCCACAAGUCGAUGGGGUGUGAGUGUGGUGUUGACUUCCUCCUCCUCCUCUUGGUGUGGGAAUAGGGAUGUGGUACAGGAACGCUGUCACAUGACUUUACAUGUGUUUAACAUGUUUUGAAACUGCUAAAACACUGGUUAUGAGUUACAGACAAAUGAGAUGUUAAUUGUUUCUGUCACCAGGCUCUGUGAGCAGACUGACUGUAAACUGAGUUGAUUUGUUUGACUUGAAUUGUGUUUCUUAGAUGAGCUUAAAUGUCCCUGUCGCAGCUGUGUGCACAGACCAGCAUCUGCAGAGAAGUGCUCAUGGCAUGUAUCUGACCUUGGAAUGGGAAGUGAUCCCUGCAGGGCUGCUCCUGUGCUGGGGAGCACCCUCCCUGCCCCUGAGGGCUCUGGGGGUGCCUUCCUGUGGAGAACAGGCACUGCUGGCACUGCCUGCUGCUGUGGCACAGCUGGGGCUGGACUGCAGCAGCGUGGACGUAGACCCAGAGUUUGAUGCACAUAAAAUCUUCUUUCCCGUUACUUCCUUGCUUUAAAGUCGGAAGCAUAUUUUUUUUCGACUCUAAAUAUUCCAUUAUUCCAGCAACUCAAAGCAAAAGGUGGCAGCAGGAUGUGGCUGAAUGUGAAGAUGACUUUUGGGAGGUCAGAAGUUGUGCACUGUGACCUGGUUGCUUCGAGACUCUUUCCAAGAGGAUUGCAUGUGUGGAACUGGAGAGCAACAGGUCAUCAGAUGGGUUGAUUUUGGUCAAAGCAAGUAAAUGGCCUUUCCUGCUAAGAGAAGGCUGAGUCAGAAUUGCUGCUGGUGUGCCUUGGGAGGCCGAUGGAUGUGUGGACAUACUGGACGUGCAUUAUAAAGCUGAAUCGCAGUGGCAAUCUGGUCAGCCGCACGCUGCUCAGAUUUCCAGCUGCUUACAUCUCUCCUUUGCUACCAAGAUGAGCCAUAAAUAGAAUGGGAACAAACUCAUGUAGCCAACUUAUGGCUCCAUUAUAACAUCUUGGCAUAAUCUGUUUUUUAAUGUCCUUUUUGGGAAGCAAAUUACGAUAGGCUCAACUCAAACCCAUAGACUUAACAUAGCUUCUCUGUUACCCUGGUACAGUAUAUGCUGUUAAAUGCUCACCUGCUGGAGUGACUCUGAUAGCAUCCAACCUUUCCUAGUAUCUUAGUUCUAUCAGUUCUUUGAAAAAACAAACAGAAUGGAAGAAGCAAAAGCUCAUGUCUCCCUUCUGUACCAACAUGUCUUACUUGCAGGUGGACUCGUGGAUGGUUUUUUUUAAACUUUUGUUAUUUGUUUUUUAAAAAUUCCUGGUUUGCAAUGACAAUUCUUACUGUAACUGGUAAAAAGCCUUCAAAUAAAGGCCAGAAACUUUCUUGUUGUCAUAUCA